UUCGCCGGCGUCGGUCUCGUCGAACUGGUCGGCACCGAAGGUGGUGACGGCGGGCUGGUAGGCCCCGUUCCCCAGGGCGAUCUGGUAUAUGGAGAUGUAGAAGACGAGCGACUGGGCUCUUGUGGGUGGCUUGCAGUGUUCUUGCCUCCCCUCUCCGUGUGCGAAGUCGCAGGAUCUCGCCAGGAACACAUGGGAUGCUAUGGAAAGCUCAACCAAUCCCUGGCAUUGGAUUUGGAUAUGAUGGAGAUGGAGAAAGAAAGAAAGAAAGAAAAAGAGAUCCAAAUCCAAAGAAAGAUGGAUAGCUCACGGCGAGGAAGAUUAUCUGGAAGAUGGUGCAGGCCUUGUAUCUUCCCCAGGAGGAGUCGCUGACGAGCGCCCCGACGAUGGAGAAGACGUAGGUGGUGCCGGCCCAGUUGUUGGCCUUGUUGGCGGCGUCGGCGUUCUCCAGCCUCAUCACCACCGCCAUGAACGUCACCAGGUUGUUCCCCACGCAGUUGACGGCGAACGUCACAAGCGCCUGGUUCGCUGCUCGUCACAAUUCAUAUGCAUCCAUCGUCUUUAUACAAUUCAACUAUAUGCAGUAGUAUAUUUUGACUUAAUUUAAAGAACAAACUCUGUAAAGUAAUUAAAAUAGUAUACUGCACUCUUACACAUAUAGCUUGUAAUAUAUAAUCACUAUACUGUAGAAAUUAGACCAAUGACGUACAAGAAGGCAUGUAAAAUCAUUGAUGAAGAAGCUAAGAUAAAUAGUAAAACUGCUGAAUUAACCUCUCAUCAUCAAAGGAAAACUUCAUUAAGAAGAGGACUACAUACCCAGCAUGAGGAAGCCGGCAAACCAUCCUCCUGAUCUGUCUCUCAGGCAGGGCUUGCCGCUCCAAUUCACGGAGCCAUCCUGCGUCGCCGCCCUUGCAGCGGCGGCGGCACAGCCAUGCUCAUCGUGCUGACCCUGCUGCAGAGGUAGCUCAGCAGUCGGCGUGCAGGGACCCUCCUACACGCAGCACAUUAUUGAUGAGAGAUGCAUGGAUGGAUGGAGUUGAAAGGCAGUAUAUAUGCCACUUACAGCCAUCCUGCAAAUGAAAUCGAUCUCCGAUCCUCUCUUGCUAGCUAGCUAGCUUGUUCUUGAGAAGAUGUCCAGCGACGUACUCUAGCAGGUCAGAGGAGCACCCACCAUGCUGUUUGUUUUGUUUUGCUUCUGCAUUUGCGGGCAGGGUGGUAGGUGUUUGUUAAGAAGAAGAAGAAGAAGAAGAAGAAGAAGAAGCCAGGAGGCCUGCGCCGCGUGCAACGUGGUCGUGGGUGCAGUCGUAUUAAUUGCUUGGGUUUCAGUAUAUGUCCUUCAAUGAAUCCUUGGCCUGCAACCGCAUCCUUCUGGAAUGGAAUCCUGCCUGCGGCUCCAAUAGCCAGCCAUGCAUGCCUUUAUCAUCGUCCGCAGGCACAAGACACCAAUCUCUCUCUUCUCUCCUGCCUGCCUGCCUGCUGCUGCUCGUGGCAUCAUGUAUCAAUCCCAAUUCCAGCCCAGCCCAUGGGACUUGGGAGCCCAAGCGGAAGCGGAAGCAGGCAGCAGCAGCUGCUUCCUGUUGCUGCUGGGUGCAUUUUUUGAAAACUAAAAGCACAAGGGAGGAGGGAUGGAAUGAAUUGCAGAGGAAGCAACGCAUAAAGGCAGUGCAAUGAGAAUGAGAUGGGAGGAGGAGGAGGAGGAUGUGGAUGCAGAGCAUAUAUGCUCGACAACUAACUCAAUGAGAUCGCACGCACGCCAACGACGACCAAAUGGCUCUCAACCACAUGGGCGUCGCCGCCAUCAACCUCGUUGCCGCGCUGCUCUCCAUCCCCGUCAUCGCCGCCGGCAUCUGGCUCUCGACGCAGGCCGACAACGCCUGCGUCCAGAUCCUCCAGUGGCCCGUCGUCGCCCUCGGCGUCGCCGUCCUCGCCGUCGGCCUCGCGGGCUUCGUGGGGGCCUUCUGGCGCCUCCCCUGGCUCCUCCUCGCCUACCUCGUCGCCAUGCUCGCCCUCGUCCUCGCGCUCGCCGGCCUCGCCGUCUUCGUCUUCGCGGUCACCGCCGGCUCCUCAGGCCGCCCGGUCCCCGGCCGGGCCUUCCUCGAGUACGACCUCGACGACUACUCGGGCUGGCUGCGACGCCGCCUGGACGCGCCAGGCCGCUGGGACCGGAUCAAGGCCUGCCUGGCCGCCACGCCCACCUGCUCCGACCUCAACCAGACCUCCUCCUACGACACGCCGCAGGGCUUCUUCACGGCCGCCUGGCUCAGCCCUCUGCAGUCGGGCUGCUGCAAGCCCCCCACCAGGUGCGGCUACACCUUCGUCACCCCGACCUACUGGAUCAGCCCCAUCAGCGCCGCCGCCGACCCCGACUGCGCCGCCUGGAGCAACGAGCAGGCCAAGUUCUGCUACUCCUGCGCCUCCUGCAAGGCCGGCCUGCUCCAGAACCUGCGCAGGGAGUGGCGCCGCGCCGACAUCAUCCUCGCCGUCGACGCUGCCGCGCUCCUCGCCGUCUACGCCAUGGGCUGCUACGCCUUCCGCACCGCAAAGACCGACGAGCUCUUCCGCCGCUACAGGCAGGGAUACACAUAAAGUCUAUUUCGUUUUGUGGUGCGAGCUGAUCAAGGAACAAGUAUUUGAUGUUUCAUCGCGGAAAAAAAAAGGAGACACCAAAUUUAUUUAUAUUAGUAUUUUUAUUUUGAUUCUUUAUGUUAGUAUUUUUAUUUUAUUUCUUGUAUUGUAGGAAAGUUCUUUCACCUUCACCGCCUCGAAAACUCAUAAAGUAGAUCCGCGCUACCCCCUUACAUUGGACCUACCUCUCAGGCCUUAAGGAAAAAGACAAUCUACUGAUGCUGUGCUGUGUUUGGGUUACUGCAUAUCUAUUUCAGACCUGUCUUGCUUCGUCUCGAUCAGGUGUCACAAAGUUUUGUGGCAAUUUUCA